GAAGACGCGGAAAGUUUGUUUAGCUUCCGGUACGGUUUUAUUCUUCAUAUGCAGAUUUGUAACAGUUCAAAUUAGUUUCCCGCGCCGCUGAGCUGAGCUGAGCUGAGCUUCAGAGCGGUGGAGAGACGGACAUCCGUCAGUCCGUCAGUUAACCCCCCUGGUCGCUAAUAACGACGCGGAGACGCCAGAUACACAAGGACGAGCUUCACCGGGAGUCACUCCUCUGUCUGUCGAUGAUAAUUGUGUUCCCAGUUCGAUUCCCUGACACAACUUCUUCAGAGGAGACGGCUGCGUUUUCACCAGGUCUCAGACUAGAAGAGGGUGGGACCAUUAGCAGCAAGUUCUGACAGACACAAGAGCUGCAGCACCACAGAAAAAGAGGGCGCUGACGGACAGACCCAAAGCCAAGAAACGAAGCAGGUGGAGGACUCGGGAGGAGAAGCGAUGAAGAGACAGAGGCUGGGCGGAGAAGGGGAGGCAGGUGUAUUGGCCAGUGGAGAGAAGGUCCAAGGGCCAUGUGAUCCACAAGGAAGCAAGAGCUUUAACUGUAGAGGCGUUUCCACUGUUCUUUCUGCAGGAGGUACAGAACCUCCUCCGGGACAGCAGGAGGCAGCGAAGUGCUGCGAGGACAGCAGAGCAGCUGAGGUGCAGAGUUUGGGUUCAUGUCUGAGGGUGAUCAUCCAGCAGAGCAGUGAGAGUCGUGCCUUCAGACAGACAGAGACGGAGACAAACAGGCUGACAGACACACAGACAGACGGAUACUACUGCCACAUCUGUAAGAGCAACUGUCUGACUCUGCUGGCAUUCCAGAACCACAUGAAAGGAGAAGAGCACCAGAGAAGACUAAAGGAGAUCACAAACUUCAGCACAGCCUGUCCAUCUGUACACACACACAGCAGGGGGCGUAGACCAAACAUCCAACGCUGGUGUGACACCUGCCAAUCACAUUUCACAGGUGAUGUCAUUCUCCAUCGCCGGACCAGUCAACACAAGAUGUGUAAGCGGUCGUCUCGGCCAUUCUGUACGGCCUGUAAGAGACACUUCAGGACACCCAGGAAGUUUGUGGAACACAUGAAGUCUCCUCAGCACAAACAGCAGGUGCAUUUUGAGGAGGUUCUGGAGGAGGAGCUUAUCACAGUGGAUGCGAUUGGCUGCUUUGAGGGGGAGGAGGAGGUGGAGGAGGAGGAAGAUGGAGGAGAGAAAGAUGACGUAAUUGAGGAACCUGAUCGGGGGGAGGCGACAGAUGGGCAGGACUUUGACCCUCACACAACUUACGGAAGUAGCUUUGUGGUUCCUGUGUCUGGCUUCCUGUGUCAGCUCUGUCACAAGUUCUUCCACCAUGAGACCACAGCAAGACAAAGACACUGCCAGACACACACUCACUACCUUAACCUGCAGAAGCACAGAGCCAGGAGAGAACAGGAAUACACAGCUGGAGACGAGUCACACAGACACACAUCAGAAGCCAUACAGACAGAUGAACACAGAGACACAGUUGGACCGACCGCUACAGACAGACAGACUCAGAGACAGACUUGACAGUCAGAAGUAUGGACAGAGUUGGACCAACAGACAGAAACACACAGAAACAUCAGAAAACAGAAAAAAAGGUGGACAUCCUUGGGCCUUUCCCCAUCACCAACUCUAGCAGCCACUACGUCCUCGUGGUGAUGGAUUACUUCACAAAGUGGACAGAGGGUACACGCUGCUGGAUCAGCGCGCUGCCACGACAGCGAAGAGGCUGGUGGAAGAGAUAUUUCCACCAAGCUCCACAGUGACCAGGGGUGGAACUUCGAGUCCCAGGUCUUCAGUGAGUUCUGCCAGCGGCUGGGGGUGAAGAAGACGAGGACAACACCGCUCCAUCCUCAAAGUGACAGGCUGGUGGAGCAGUUCAGCUGUACCCUGGCCACUCAACUUGCCAUCCUCACCAGCCAACAUCUGCUGGACUGGGACCACCACCUGCGCCCUUGGUCCUGUGGUCCUACCGGACUGCUGUUCAGGAGUCUAGCCAGUGCACGCCCACUGCCCUUGUCUUUGGGCGGGAACUCAAGACACUGGCAGACUUGGUGUUUGGGAUCCCACCUGAGAUUGCCGGGGGCGAAGAGAUGGACUACCUCUGGAGACUGAGGGAUCACCUGCAAGUGGUCCACAACUACACUCACCUAUGAUACCCGGUGCCUUGGGCAGGCCUUUGUGCGAAGGGACAAGGUAUGGGUGUAAUGUCCCGUUCGCAAAAAGGGGAUUUCCCCCAAGCUUCGCAGCCACUGGCAGGGGGUCCAGAGAGGUUGUGGACUGGCUGUCUGAGGUGGUGUACCGGGCGCAGAUGCCCGGCCAGGGGCGCGGGGUGGGUGCUGCACCGGGACAGACUCUUUCCAUACCAACCCCUUGCGCCACCUGUUGUUGGGGGGGGGCAGCAGCCCCCCAUGCAUUGAUCAUUUUGACUCUCCUCCAGUUGUGCUUCUUGUGAGCCCCAGGUGGCCUUUUUGCCAGUGAUGGUCCCCUGGGCAUUUAAAGGACUAUGCGUUGGGUGAUGGGGUUGUCGAGGACCAUUGACCCCUCAGAUGGGGGCUAUGUAGCGACCAGAGGAGGCGUUCGCGCUGACUGUCAGCGGCUCUGUGCUGAGGGAGCACAGGGGCUCAAGGGACUGUUAAUGUUCAAGUUGGGAUUGUUGUGAUUUGUGUUGUAUUUUUGUGCGUUCGGGUGUUCUGUUCAUGUUGGGACGUGUUGCUGUUUGGGGGUUUGACUCGGAAUGGGUAGAGGACUGUUUACUGAGUGACUGACCUUGAGACCGUGAGUUAGGCUGACAUCGCCAGUUGUGACCUUGGGGGGGGGGGAUUGUUGUAAUGUCGGUUCUGUUAAAUAUUAAGAGGUCUGUGUCAAAAUAAAAGCUAAU